AUUUUAGAAGGAGUAUAGAAAAGAAUGAUCCUUAUAUGUAACAGCAAACGUCCAAACAUCCUUCCCAUGUAGGUCCAUUUAAAAAUGCUUAAAAAUUGAAAACUUUAAAAAUAAUUUUAAAAUAAAAAAAAAAUGUAUCUCGUUGAUAAUAAACAAAAAGGUAAAAAAGAACGUCCGCAUAUAAAUUAGGACUGUAUGUUUCCUACAAAUGGCAUCUGAUUUUAAAAACUAAUGAUAGGCACAUGCGUAAAUACUCGAUAGGCAUAUUUGUUUAAGGAAUAAAUACUAUUUACAAUACAUUUUGUGUAAAAUAUAAUAUUGAUGUAAAACAAAAACAAGUGUUAAAACACUAAUUCAGAAUAAUAUGGAACAGACAGUGUUUUUAUACGAUCAUAAUACACUGUAUAUGUAUACGGCUUAAGAGAAAAAUCCACAUGACACUGUUUCAACAUUCGCGCGAAACUUCCACCUGCACAAAAAUCCCUUCUCCUUAAUCUAGAAAAAAACACACAAGAAAAACCAUUAAUAGAAAUAUGCAAAUAAACACUGUGCGAAGUGAGAACAGGAUAAUGAAAUAUGAAUUCUUUAUGUAAAUAUUAAUUAAUAUUAAGUAUCUAUUUAAACGUCUUUUAAUAAGUUUCAUUGAUUACAACUUAUUUGCUUCUUUAUGCAAACAUUAUAUUAAUUGAUUAAACAAGGAGUAUAAUUACGCGAUUUUUAUUAGUCUGCUGAAACAUCAUGAUGCGGACGUUACGGUUGCUUUUCGCUUUUCUGUUGUUGUUAAUUAGCAGUUUUAGAGAUGACAACGCCACGGUUGAAGCAGAAGUCGUAAAAUUUAGGGAGUUUUCUGCGCACAAUGGCUUUACAUGUGCGGAAAACUCGGGAAUCUUUAACAUUAGUGGAAUUCUGAGUCUGAUACAGUGUUCGGUCAAGUGUGCAAGUGAAUCUUCAUGCCUUGGAGUAAUCUACGAGUCGACACUGAUGAGGUGUGUCGGUUGCAGGUGGUAUACAAAUGGUGGCCAAGGUUUAGGUCUGUCGUACAACCGUAAGGCCUACAGACUUGUAACAUACAACAUGAACUGGGUACAAGCAAAGGCAAAUUGUGAGAGUCUUGGUGGUCGAUUGGCUGACAUUAAAUCCCAGGAAGAGCAAACUUUCAUUGAGAGGAAUAUUCUACCUUCAGCAGUUAAUUUGUACUGGAUUGGUGGUAAGGACAAUUCAAGCGGGUUUGUUUGGCUAGACGGUACCGGAGUCUCUGCAGGGUACAACUAUUGGCACGAUGGAGAACCAAGCGCAAGUGAAGGUAACGUGGAGUACUGCAUUAUGUUGUAUCAACGUCAAGAUAACACGACUUACACAUGGAGCGACGCACCGUGCGAGAGUGAGAAUUUUGUGCUCGGAAGUUUGUGUGAAUUCGACUAAAAAGGGCAUACAAAAUGUAUAUUCACAUUUUGAAAACUGUGUGUUUGAAUACAUCAAAUACUAACCAAUUCUACAUCAGCCUAGUUCUAUAAUUUGAGUAUCUUUCUUGUCGACACAAUAAUAUACAAUGUACACGUAUUUUGGCUAUAUUAGGUCUGUAUUUGGGAAAAAUCAAAUCAGUUUAGUUAGACUCCUAAGGUCGAGAGGUAUAUAUGAACAAUUCCUCAUACAUACACUUCUAUAAAAAAGAAAUAAAUA